AUGGUCCUAGGAGUUGCCAUGAUGGCGGCCAUGCUGCCGACCAUGAUCGGCCUGAACGAGGCGACGCAAAGUACCCGAGAUCAGGAGGAAAACCGGCGCAACUCAGCACGCAAGCAACGCAGCCAUCUAGUGGCGACGUGCUCGUUAAGCCAGGGCACGCCGGAGCUGCGGCAGCAGGUGCACAAUGCCCAGGUCCAAGUGGGUCUGGACGGGAAAUUCUAUAUCACCAAAUACCCCAGUGCGAGCAUGGUGCCGUUUAACGGCGGCUUCUAUACACAUCCGGACUUCAAGCCUAGCAAUACCGCCGGCCUGGUCACGGUCAGUGGCGAGGAAACCCCGACAUUGCGCUGGGUCUUUUGUGAUGAGGCGACUCAUGAGCUGCGCUGGGGCGGGCGCCCCGACAGCGAGGGCCAUAUCUGCGGGCCCUUUGACUGGACCAAGGAUGAGCAGUAUGUGACGCUCGAUGGAUGGGAAGGGUGGCUGGCUGUGCGACUGCCGCAAGAUGGCGAUCGCGAUCAAGUGGACCAACAACUGGGGAUUGUCGAUGGCCGGGAGGUCUGGCGGUUGUACUUUGAUAGCAAAGACGACGGGGCAGAUCUUCCACCGGGAGCGCAGGGGCUGGAGAUACGAUUGAAGCGAGUCACAGCGGAGUCGUAA